AUGGAGGCGCGCUUCGACGGCGAGGUGGCGUCGGUGGUGGCGGCCGCCUUCCAGGCGACCGUGUCCGUGUUCAGGGACGUGUGGGCGAAAGGGGCUCCGCGCGCGGACUGGGACGAGGCGAGGCUCGGCGAGAUCCAGGAGAUCGAGAAGUUGCUGGUGGCCCAGAUCCACAGGGCCUUCGCGGAGUUCUGCUCGGAGCUGUGCGAGGAGAACGAGGCUCUGCGGGCCCGGGUGGAGCAGCUGGAGGACGUGCUGCAGCGCAAAGCCGGGCAGCUGGAGCAGGAGCUGGAGGCCCGGGUGGGCCGGCUGGGGAAGGACAUGGAGCUGCUGGAGAGGGAGAUCAAGACCAUGAGCGAGGGAGGCAAGACCCAGGAGGGCUCCCCCCCCGACCCCCUGGCAGGAGCGGCCUCAGCCGAUGACCCGGUCCGGCCCCCGGAGGAGAGGGCCCCCACCCUCACCCCCCCCGGGCCGCCAGCAGGAAGCUGUGAGGCCGUCCCCUGCUCGCCGCCGCCCUCCGUGUCCGUCUCAUUGGCCGCCGGCUCGGAGGCGGCGCCCUCGCCCGGCGUCCCUGAAACGCCGGCGUUCGUCCUCCAACCGGCAGCCUCCCCGGAGUCCUCUCCCCAAGAAGCCCCGCCUCCUGACUCCGCCCCAGUCACCUCUGCUGGCGGCAGCCCGGAGCAGAAGCCGGACGGGGGGCCGGGGGGCAGAACCCUGCGCAACCGGGAGUCCCAGACGGGGAAGAGGUUCUUCUGCGAGCACUGCGACUCGGGCUUCCACUGGAAAGGCGAGCUGAAGAAGCACGUGAAGACCCACAAGAAGGCCUUCCCCUGCGAGCGCUGCGGCCGCAGCUUCCUGGACCGGGCGUCCCUGGACGGCCACCUGCUGCGGCACGAGUCCGGCAAGGCGCCGCUGCCCUUCCCCUGCCCGCGCUGCAAGAGGUCCUUCCGGAGGGAGCAGUCGCUCCAGAACCACCUCAAGCGCCACCAGAAGGCCAAGCCGCCCAAGCCCUUCGCCUGCGACCAGUGCGGGAAGACCUUCCGGGUGCAGCGGUCCCUGGAGAACCACCUGCUGCGCCACGAGAAGUGGAAGCAGAUGCUCAAGUGCCAGCUCUGCGACAAGACCUGCAAGACCUCGGUGCAGCUGCGCUGCCACAUGGCCGUGCACUCCGAGGAGAGGCCCUUCAGCUGCGCCACCUGCGGGAAGGAGUUCAAGAGCAAGGACACGCUGCGCUUCCACCAGAUGGUGCACACCAGCGCCAAGAAGUACAAGUGCGGCAUGUGCGAGGAGUCCUUCAAGUACGCGCACUCGCUCACCGUGCACAAGCGCAAGCACACGGGCGACAGCCCCUUCGUGUGCGACGUGUGCAGCCGCUCCUACCGCACCGGCACGGCCCUGAAGCGGCACAAGGUGGUGCACACGGGCGAGAAGCCCUUCACCUGCCACGUCUGCGGCGCCCGCUUCAACCUCAACAACAACCUGAAGCGCCACCUGCGCAUCCACACCGGCGAGAAGCCCUUCGCCUGCCAGGAGUGCGGCAAGAGCUUCUCCGACAACAACAAGCUCAAGUCCCACAUGCUCAUCCACGGCGCCCGGAAGCCCUUCAUGUGCGACCUGUGCGGGAAGACCUUCCUGUUCAACUGCCGGCUGCAGAUCCACCAGCGGUACGUGCACGCCGACCGCGGCGCGGAGGCGGAGGGCGCGGCGCAGAGCCCGCCGCCGGGCCGGCGGCAGAACAAGGCGCUGGUGAAGCCCUUCAGCUGCAAGAUCUGCCUGAAGGGCUUCAGCGCCGCCUGCUCGCUGAAGCUGCACGAGCGCGGCCACAGCGAGCACAAGGAGUUCAACUGCGGCGUCUGCGGCAAGGCCUUCCACAACAAGUACUCCUUCAGCUACCACCAGCGCAGCCACUCGGGCGAGAAGCCCUUCGUCUGCGACGUGUGCGGGAAGAGGUUCUUCCACGCCGCCAGCCUGAAGCAGCACGAGCGCAUCCACACCGGGGAGAAGCCCUACAAGUGCGACCAGUGCGGGAAGGCCUUCCGGACCGACGGGAACUUCUACAGACACAUGCGCAUCCACACCGGGGAGAAGCCCUUCGAGUGCAUGUACUGUCACAAGAAGUUCCACCAGUCCAACCAGCUCAAGUCCCACCUGCAGAUCCACACGGGGCAGAAGCUCUACUCCUGCCAGCAGUGCGGCCGCGGCUUCUCUGACUCCAGGCAGCUGAAGAAGCACAGCUGCGACGCCUCAUAG